AUGGAAGCCGAAGGACAAUGGAAGAGACGGUCAUGCUGGUGGAUUACACUCACGUUUCUGCUGUGCUCAGGGAAGCUGGUUACGGCUCAGAUAAAAUACACCAUCCCAGAGGAGGUCAAAGUGGGAACUGUUGUGGGAAAUAUUGCUAAGGAUUUGAGCCUUGAUGUCAUUAAUUUAGUGCACCGACGGUUCCGUAUCGUUCCAGGGCCUGAUGACGGUCUUUUCCAGGUAAUGCAGAACAAAGGCGAGUUGUAUGUUAAUAACAGGAUCGACAGGGAGCAGCUGUGUGAUGGAAACCCUGUUUGUUCGAUCAAUUUGAAAAGCGUCAUUGAAAACCCUUUGGAGGUGCAUUACAUAGAAGUGGAAAUAACCGAUGUAAACGAUAAUCCACCCAUUUUCCCCAGAUCGGAGCAGCAUUUUGAAAUAGCUGAACAUACACUGUUGGGAACACGUUUUCAAGUCCAGACUGCCCGAGACCCUGAUUUGGGAAUGAACACGGUUCGAUACUAUAAAUUAAGUCCGAAUGAACUAUUUGACAUCGACGUUCGGGAAAGGCAUGCCAUAAAAACACCAUUUUUAGUUUUAAAGAAAGUGCUGGACAGGGAAAGACAGAGCAAACAUAGACUCACGCUGACAGCUACAGAUGGUGGAAACCCACCAAAAUCAGGUACUCUUAACAUCACCGUUAUUGUCCUAGAUGUAAAUGACAAUCGUCCCGUCUUCAGCCGGGAAUCAUACUCCGCAACACUCCGGGAAAAUGCACCUUUGGGCACCAUCGUGAUUACAAUUAACGCAACUGAUCAAGACGAUGGAAUAAAUGGAGACAUUGAAUACACUUUAGGCGCAAAUUUGGAUGGGAAAAUCCACGACCUCUUUAGCCUUAACAAAAUCACAGGCGAAUUACAGGUUAAAGGGGGUGUAGACUUUGAGGAAACUGAUGUAUUUAAAUUAGAUGUGCAAGCAUCAGAUAAAGGCCAGCCUCCUCUGAUAGCUGAAGCAGAACUCAGCAUUAAAGUUAUAGAUGUUAAUGAUAACUCGCCUGAAAUUGAGAUAACAUCACUUUCCAAUGUUGUAUCUGAAAAUGUGAAUCCUGGGACAGCCAUAGCCUUAAUCAGUGUUUCAGAUAAGGACUUUGGUGUCAAUGGAAAUGUUAUUUGUACAUUACCCCAAAAUAUACCCUUUGAGCUGAAAUCAUCAUUUAAAGAGAACAUUUACUCGUUAGUGACCAAAGGGCGGUUAGACAGAGAAGUAACCUCUGGUUAUGAAAUCACUAUAACGGCCACUGACUUGGGACGUCCACCUCUGUCAUCUUUUAAAACAUUAAACAUACAAGUCUCUGAUGUGAAUGAUAACGUCCCAGAGUUUAUUCAGAUUUCAUUUGAGCUCUAUUUACCUGAAAACAAUGCACCUGGAGCUUCCAUAUUCUCCAUCACUGCCUUUGACAAAGAUUUAAACGAAAAUGCUGUAAUUGUGUAUAAUCUAAAUCAAGGCGACGUGACAUCUUUUCUAAACAUUAAUUCGGAAACUGGAAAUAUUUAUGCACUGAAAAGUUUUGAUUUUGAAACUGGAAAAACGUUCAGUUUCCAAGUUGUUGCCACCGACUCUGGAAGUCCGUCUCUGAGCAGUAACGUGACCGUGAACGUGUUUAUUCUGGAUCAGAACGACAAUGUUCCGGUGAUCUUAUAUCCGGUCAGUGCUAACGGUUCUGCUGAGGGUGUGGAGGAGAUUCCCCGCAAUGUGAACGCGGGUCAUUUGGUGACUAAAGUCCGAGCCUAUGACGCAGAUAUCGGAUACAACGGCUGGUUAUUAUUUUCACUGCAGGAAGUUAGUGAGCACAGUCUCUUUGGUUUGGACCGCUAUACAGGACAGAUAAGGACCCUUCGCUCAUUCACAGAAACAGACGAGGCCCAGCAUAAACUGGUCAUACUGGUCAAAGACAAUGGGAACGUGUCGCUCUCAGCAACAGCGACUGUGAUUGUCAAAGUUGUGGAGCCCAAAGAGGCUUUUGCAGCUUCUGAUGUGAAAAACGCAGUAACAGACGAGGAGGAAAACCACGUGACAUUUUAUUUGAUCCUCACUUUGGGCUCGGUUUCAGUGCUUUUUCUCAUCAGUAUCAUCGUGUUGAUUGUAAUGCAGUGCUCCAAAUCUACAGACUGUUCAUCCAAGUAUUUACAAGAGGCAAAUUACGACGGGACUCUGUGUCACAGCAUCCAGUACAGAUCUGGAGACAAACGGUACAUGUUAGUUGGACCCAGAAUGAGUCUCGGUUCUACUAUAGUCCCGGGCAGUAAUGGGAAUACUCUAGUGAUACCAGAUCGCAGGAGCAGGAGAGAUUCUGGAGAGGAUAUCGAGUCCUGCCACUGA